UUUAAAAUUUGAGUUCGCCAAACUUGGAAGCAAUGAAUGAAGAAAAAUUCAAUUGUAUAAUUUGUGAUACAGAUGUAUCAAUGGAGAAUCGAUAUCCAAUAUUUGAAUCAUUUACACCGCAUAGUGGCAUACCAUUAAAAGAUUUUCUACAUAAAGUAACACGAAUUCGUAUAAAUGAGAAUGAAAAGAAUGCAAAUAGUUGUUGCCUUUGUAAAAAUUGUUUUAUUCUAUUAGAACAAUUCGAUUUCUCCGAAAAUUAUAUAUUAGAAAUAAAAAAACAACUUUAUAAUCAUUUAGAAAUGAAAUACGGCCGUGAAUAUGCCCAAGAUGUACAAUUUAUUGAAGUUGCAUGUCAAACGGAAAAAUACUUACUGAAUAUUCAAGAAAAUGUUGAAGAUGAUGAUGAAGUCGAAUCGGAUAUUAAACCAGAUUUGGAGGAGGAAAUUUAUAAACCGUAUGUGGAUGAAUUAACGGAAAAAGAUCAAUCAGAGGAUGAUGAUGAUGAUAGUUUAACGUGUCGAUUAUGUAGUGAAUAUUUCCCGUCAUCCGCUGAUUUAAAGAAACAUAUUAAAUCACAUGAAAAAUCAUUUGAAUGUAAAUAUUGUAUGAAUGGAUAUACAACAAAAAGUGGUCUUAGUGCACAUAUUCUAAAGAAACAUAAAGGAAAUGUUACAACAAAUUCUAUGUUUAAAGUGGAACCAUCUGAAUUGCUGGAAUGUGAUAUUAAAGUUGAAAGUACAGAGAGUGAAGGGAUUGAACGAAAAAAUGAAAGUACAGAAUCAUGUGAUCAAUUAGAAAACGAUACCAUCGAACCGACUACCGCGAGUAGCGAUAUAGAAUAUGCACCAAUUAAACAACCGAACAAUAAUCGACGCCGUGGUCGUCCUCAAAAAGGACGAAUUUCUAAAAAUAUUGUAAAACAAGAACAAAAUAAUCUUUCAAAUGAAAAUACAAUCCACAACGAUGACAAAAUAAUAUCGGAUGAUGUGAAACAAGAAAAAGAUUCGGAUGAUAGUAAUUCAGAUUUCGAGAACCGUUUAAUAAAUUCAAUGAAUUUACAUGAUGGAUCAUCGAAUCAACAGUUUACUAUGGGAACAAAACGUAGACGUGGCCGUCCCAAAAAGAAUAGUGAAAUGGAGCAGCGUGUUGAUAGCAUAUUUGUACGCCCUUACAUCUAUCAAUGUCCACAAUGUCCGAAGAAAUGGCGUACGAAAUCCGAAUUACGAAUACAUUUAUGUUCCCAUAGUGAUGUUCGAGCACAUGUUUGUGAGAUAUGUGGACAGGCCUAUAAAAAACGUGCUGCAUUAGAUAUCCAUUUGGGUAUGCACAAUGGAAUCAAUCCGUAUACUUGUAAUGUAUGUGGAAAAGUUUUUACACAAAAAGGUGCUCUUAAUCGACAUUUGCCAAUUCAUACUGGGGAAGCUAAUUAUCAGUGUGAUCUUUGCGGGAAACGUUUUAUUCAUCACACAUCAUUUAGUAUGCACGCACUAACACAUUCUGGCUUAAAAGCGUAUAAAUGUGAGAUAUGUGGAUUAGGUUUAAUGUCAACAUCUCAUUUAAAACGACAUAUGCGUGCACAUUCUGGUGAAAAGAAAUACGGUUGUUCACAAUGUGGUAAACGUUUUGCUGAACGUUAUAAUCUAGCUGCACAUGAACGAUUACAUUUCUCACCGGGGGAAAAACGAAAACGUACACAUCCAUGUCCGCUCUGUGGUGAUACAUUUCAACGACGACAAAAAUUGGAAGAACAUUUGGCUAGUAAUCAUAAUAAAAUAAUUGAUAACGAUGAAUCGCGAAAAUGGACGGGAACGGUAUUAAAUAAUAAUGCGGCUAAUUUAAAUGCUGCUAUUGCUGGUAUUGCGAAUAGUGUGCUUAGUAAUGCUGUUGCACAAACAUCUACGUGGCCUGUAUUUACAUCGUCAGAUGUGGUCACAUUUUCAGCGACUAAUAUUAAAACACAACCACCAGAAGAAUCUUCAGAGACUGUUUGAAAAGUAUUUUUACAUUUUUAUUUAAAAGUAUUUUCUUUUUAUUUACAAAUGUGUAGUGCAUGGUAGAACUAGACAAGGACUAGACUCUUAUGCAGGUAGAAGUAGGAUGGGGACAUUCUCUCACUCUCUCGCACGGUACCCAGUCACCGCCAUAUUGUUUAUUUGUUUACAGUUCAGGCGGUGAGUAGGUUUGGUAUACAUUUACAGGUCCUACCGAACAAUGAAAUGACAACGAAGCUAGCACGAUUGUAAGUGUUAAGUUUU